GCCAUGUGACCAUGGCUGCACCAUGGGUUGCAGGGAUUGGUCUAGUGCAGAUGUGACAUCAGCGAGCCUCCCACUCCCUCCCUCCCUCCCUCCUCCCCUCUCUCUCCCAGUCUUUCUCUGCCUCUCUCUACCUCUCUCUCUCUGUACCGCUCUGCUUUUUUCCUCCUUUGCCUUUCCUCAGCAUCCCCCCUCUCAGAGAUGGCGUGUGUCGGUGCUGCUCGGGCGGCCGGGGCCUAACGUGCACACGGAGAGGAGGACCCCCCCAUCCCCCCCGAUCUGCUGCUUUUUCCUCGUGUGUCUCUUCUCACUGUGUCCUCCACCCGCUCCUGCUGCUGCUGCUGCCUCUCAGCUCUCCCCCCAACCCCACCUCCCUGUGCGGGUGUCUGGGAGUUGGGCCCAUUGGGGGUGGAGGGACUCAACAUCGUGCUUCACUGGGGAGCUGUGCAGAAUUAGCUAUGCCCUGCCCAGGCAUCCUUUGACCGGCUGGAUUUCUCCAUUUCUGUCCCGCCUGCACACCGGAGUGGCAACAUAGGAUGAAAAUCUGCAGUCAUGAUGCAAGGACUGAAAAACCGAACCAGGAAAGCCCUCGGCUUGCGAAAGAGAGACAAGGAUACAGAUGCAACGAGUUCACCUGACAAAGAAGGAACUGGAAGCGGAAAGAAAGGAAGUAAAAAGGCUAAUGGAGCACCGAAUGGCUUCUAUGGGGAGAUUGACUGGGAUAGAUAUGCCACUCCUGACGUGGACGAGGAGGGCUUCAGCCUGCGGCCCGGUGACGAAGGCGAUGCAGCUUCCAAAGGAAAGCACUUUUUCUCGUCCAGCGACUCGGAGGACGACGAGGACAGCAAGAAGAAGUUCAAAAUUAAGAUCAAGCCGCUCGUGGCGGACAGUGCCAAGUGUGUCUCUCCAUCCAUGGACGUGCUGAAAGCCUCAGUCGGGGGCCUGGCACUCUCUCCGUCACUGAAGAGAAGUCCGGGGCAGAUAAAAAGGAAUUUGUCCUGUGAAGAGAUUGCCAGACCCAGACGCUCCACGCCCACACCAAGCCCCGCCCCUGAGACACCAAGUGACAAGCUGUCGCAGAACGUUCCUGCCUUCUUCGGGCUGCCUUCAGAGACCAAAUAUGCCAGAUAUGAUGUGGUCCCUACUGAUGUAUGGGGAGACUCGAGACCGCGUUCAGAAUCACCGCUGAGCAGAAGCUUCCCAACAGGAGCUCCUCCUCCGCUUCCUCCAAAAAACAUUCCAUCAAGAAGUCAUUACGGCUACUCUUCAGACUCUGCUGCUGAUCUCCCUAAUGGAAGAGCAGCUCGCAGGUCUGCUCCCAUCUACCUGAACGUCCUGUCCCCGGCGUCCUACCGGGACUCCCCGGGCCCCGACCUGGACGACGUGUUUGGCCCCAUGGACGGCUCCCGCCCCGCUGAGGAAACGGCGUCUCCCAGAUGGGUCACUUUCACCAGCGAGAGACCCCCGCCGCCUGACGAGCCCGCGCCCCCUCCUCCCCCAGACUCUCCUCCUCCAGACACGCCUUCGUCCACCCCCUCCACCCCCUGCCUCUCCCCGGGACCGCCGCCAGACGAGCCCCCGCCUUCACCUCCCCCGUUUUCUCCCGGGUCUCCUCCUCCUUUCACCACACCAGAAUCGCCCCCCUCCAUCGUGCUCGGACCCCCUCCUCCGGAUGAACCGGCCCCUCCCCUCCCUCCAGAGUUCUCUCCAUCCAACACGCCUCCUAUAUGCUUCGACGACGACGCUAUUGACGAGGAGGUGCUGCAGUUUGCGGAGUACUGCUCGUCCCCCGCCCCCAUCAGCCCGGUGCCCCCUCUGCCAGCAGAGCGGAGGUCUCCUCGGGUAGGAGUCACGUCCCCCCUGGUCUUAGGAGGUGUGGGGGGGAAGAGGACUCCAGAGGGAGCGUACCUGAGAGAUGAUAUCCCAGACUUUGUGGGUUCACCCAGAGAGCUGACGCCCAGCUUCAGGGGCACGCCGCCGCCGCUCCCCCCAACCACCUACAGGUCUAUUAUGUCUUCCCCAGGGCCCUACUCAGGCAGCAGCCCCUCAUCCCCAGCGCGUCCCGCCACGCCCCAGUCUCGAGGCAGCCCGGUCCCUCCUCCUCCACCUCCUCGACCGUCCUCCAGACCAAAGCUGCCCCCGGGGAAACCAAUCACAGACCUGACUCGGCCCUUUAGUCCUCCAGUUUCAGGCAGCCCCCCACCUUUGGCCCCUUUGGCCCGGGCAGAGAGCUCUUCCUCCAUCUCCUCCAUCACCUUACACAGUGCAGCAUCCACUCCGACCUUAGGAAGGGACCUUAACAUGUCCGCAGCAGGAUGCUCCAGAGGACCCAGUCCGCUCACCAUGGGACCCCAGGACACUCUGCCAGUUGCAGCUGCCUUCACAGAAACCAUCAAUGCCUACUUCAAAGGCGCAGACCCCAGCAAAUGUGUUGUGAAGAUCACAGGGGAGAUGGUGCUGUCCUUCCCCGCGGGCAUAACCAGGCAUUUCGCCAGCCACCCCAGUCAACCCAUCCUCACCUUCUGCAUCAGCAACUACAGCCGACUGGAGCAGGUCCUCCCCAAUCCACAGCUGCUGUGCUGUGAUUCCACAACAGCGGGUGUAGACACCAAGGAGUUCUGGGUAAAUAUGCCAAACUUGAUGAGCCAUCUGAAAAAAGUGGCUGAACAGAAGCCUCAGGCAACAUACUACAACGUUGACAUGAUCAAAUAUCAGGUGUCUGCAGACGGUAUCCAGUCCACACCUCUGAACCUGGCGGUGAGCUGGCGAGGUGACACCAACAACACCGACCUUAGAAUAGAUUACAAAUACAACACAGAGGCCAUGGCUGCUCCCGUGCCACUCCACGACAUCCAGUUCCUGGUUCCUGUGGACGGAGGCAUGGCCAAACUCCAGGCCAUGAUCCCCCCCGCCACCUGGAAUCAAGAGCAGCAGACAAUACAGUGGAACAUCCCCAGUCUCUCUCAUAGAUCUGAAAAUGGAGGAGUAGGGGCUCUCCUGGGCCGGUUCCAGAUGACAGAAGGUCCCUGUAAACCCACGCAGCUGUCAGUCCAGUUCAGCAGUGAGGGAUGCACUCUCUCAGGCUGCGACAUCCAGCUGGUUGGGACCGGCUACCGGCUAUCGCUGAUCAAGAAGAGAUUUGCUGCAGGGAAAUAUUUGGCGGAUAACUAGGGGACCUGUUUGUGAACGGAACCAAAAGAAUCAAUGGCUUUUGACUGUGAAGACUAUGGAUCCAUCCCAUGUUUAGUGCAUUUGAAACUUUAUCUUAGUAACCAUUAGAAAUAAUGGUUAAGAUUAAACAGAAUAACAGAACACACACAGAUGAUAUUUGACUUCAUAACAUCAUAUUCAGUAGACUGACUGCUGCUGAGUUUAUGCAAGUAAAUACAAACCAUUAGUUUUGUGCACUUGAAACACUUAUGGGCUUACAUGGAGUAAAACAUAGGAAAACCCUGAUUCUUUGUUCUUGUUAACAUAAUUGUGGAUUCAUCGGUGAUCCAGCCUUAUUCAUUGUUUUCGUUUUUUUUCCCCAAACUGGUCGUCUUUGCAAAUGCACUGUAAAAGAUAAUGUGAAUAGAUUAUAUAAUAUUAAAACAAUCUUAAACAAGGUGGAAAAGACUGAAAAAUGUAACAAAAAGUGUAGUAUAUAGUUGCUUUGCAGUUGUAUUUCAAUAAGUUAUAGGUUCCAUGGUUACAUCUGAUUUACACUGCCACCUCGACUCAGAUUUUUUUCUUUCCCACCAUGUGUGACCGAUCUUUAUCGCUGUCUAAGCAGAACUUAUGUUUCUGCGUAGAUAGCCUUUGAAAAGUCACAGCCUAUUCUAUCAGUCUUGUGAUUGAAGGUGACUGGUCGGUUCGAAAUGACCCGCAGCGCUGGACUAACAUCAGCACUCUUAAUCUGAAGGUGCUUUUUAUAUGGAAUUAUAUUUGCGCCUCAAUCCGAUCACAUGAUGGAGAAUUUUGAGCACAUUGAAACUUUUUUUGCAAGCACAUUAUUUAUAUUUUGUAGAGAAAAGGGAUUCAACUUGUCUCAAAUUCAAGUUUUUUAAGUGGAAAAAGGCCAUUAUGAAUAUCACAUAAUUAUUUUUACUGGAUGUGAAAGGGUUAGUGACCAACUUUUUGAAAAUUAUUGGUGGUUUUCUUGAUCUUGUAGCAGC